AUGUUUAGGGAUAGAACUAAUUUAUAUGUUUCAUACAGAAGAACGUUCCCUCAUUUUGCCAGGGAAAGUAAUGACGCUGACAAAACUCAUAUAGAUUAUGAUGAAGAAUCUAAUUUAGGCACUUCAAUACCUUUAUCUGAUCCAUUUUUGGAAAAUGGAUAUAAUAAUAUAGAAGACAUUGAAUUAGAUAAUUUGACUGAAUUAAGUACAACAAAUAAUGACGUUAGUAAAAGGUUAAAUAGAGGAACAUUACCACCUUUAUUCGUUGAUAUCGCCAGAGAUAUUGAUGAUUAUUUAAAAGAGACUAGUUUAAAAAUGGAACAAUUGAUGAAGUUAUAUAGACAAAAUUCACUGCCUGGAUUUGAUGACAAGAGUCAUGAUGCAAGAGAAAUUGAAGAUUUAAGUGUCUCCAUACUGCAAUUAUUUCAACAAUGUUAUAAUAUAAUAAAAAAAUUAGAGUCUAUUUAUUCUACACAGAUAUCAAAUGGGAAACAAUUGAAUAGAACUGAACUAAUCAUUCUAGACAACAUGACGAAGGGGUAUGCCCAAAAGAUUCGAUGGGAAAGUAAUAAGUUUAGGGUACUACAAAACAACUAUUUGAAAUUUUUAAAUAAAGAUGAUUUGAAACCUAUAUUUCCUAAAAAUGAUAAAGAAUCAUCUCAAUUAGUAUUAAAUAUGAUGGAGGAGGAAGAUCAAAUGAAUUCACAAGGCAUCGGUAACAGCCAAGGUGGUGGUAAUGAAGAUAUCGAAGAAUAUUCAAGACAUACUUUAGAACAACAACAAUUGAAAAGACAGGCGCUUACUAAUAGCAAUCAACGAUUAUUAGAAGAAAGAGAUGAAGAGAUUGCACAACUUGCUAAUGGUGUAUUUGAGGUAAGUGUAAUAUUUCGUGAGAUGCAAUCAUUGAUUAUUAACCAAGGAACUAUAGUAGAUAGAAUUGAUUAUAAUUUAGAGAAUACUGUAGUUGAAUUACGGGGAGCCAAUCAACAUUUAGAAGGAGCUACACGAUAUCAAAAGAGAACUCAGAAAUGUAAACUAAUAUUAUUGUUAACGCUUUGUGUCAUCGUAUUGUUCUUCUUUGUCAUGUUAAAACCACAUAAGCAUGCCACUUUGGAGAGUCAUACAAUAAUACAGCAUGAGCCAGUAAAGUCUGACGCAGAAUCCUCGGAUAUAGUAGAAGAAACUAGUCAUUUGGAAGGAAGUGAAUAUGUAACUAACGAAAAUUUUUUUUGA